AAAAAGUCUUUCAAAAUCCCCUUUCCCCCUCGACUCCUCUACACACACUGACUCCUUCCCCUCGCCUUCCGGCACCGGACAUCUUUCCGGCGAACGAUUAUUUGCUUUUAUUUAUACAAACUUCGUAAAACUAAAUCAAAGCAAGUUAAAGUUUGUGUAUCGGUUUAAUCCGACGCAUAUUGAUGUAUAUACAGAAGAAUAUGAUAUGAACAGAGGAUCGGUUAUGAAAGUUUGUAUCGGUUAUGAAAUGCACGCCGGAAUUUGAGACGUAACAGUCAUAUCAAGACAAAAAGAAUAAGAGUAAGUGGUUAAGAUGAUGGAACACAAAAGAAGUCCAGUUUCUGUUGAACAAGGGAGCCUUACUUCUUUGACACCAAAAAGACACAAAGCUGGUUUAUCCAUCUCCUCCAAGGAAAGAAAAGAGAAAGUUGGUGAAAGAAUUGCAGCCCUUCAACAGCUUGUUUCACCAUAUGGAAAGACAGAUACAGCUUCUGUACUACUUGAAGCAAUGGAGUACAUACACUUUCUUCAUGAACAAGUCAAGGUGCUAAGUGCUCCUUACCUCCAUAGCAACUCAACAAAUGAAUAUCAGGAGUUAGGGCCGUAUAACUUGAAAAACAAAGGGUUGAUUCUGGUCCCGAUUUCGUCUACAAUGGGAGUUGCUAGUAGCAAUGGAGCGGAUAUAUGGGCCCCAAUCAAGACCAAUUCUGAUAAUCGUAGAAAACUAACAAAUAUGAUGUAGAUUUCUUGGUUAGGGGGAGGAUAUAUAUAUAUAUAUAUAUAUAUAUAUAUAUAUAUAUAUAUAUAUAUAUAUAUAUAUAUAUAUAUAUAUAUAUAUAUAUAUAUAUAUAUAUAUAUAUAUAUAUAAGUUAAAUAUCUAGAAGAUAAAUAAGAAAUUAUAUUCAUAGGGAAUGUAUUUAUUGGUGGUUCUACAUUUGUGUUUCAACUAAACAAAUGUAGGUUGAUGAAUGAUGGGGUUUUAUUAUAUAUUGUAAAUUGUAGUUAUCUCAAAUGGAGAUCGAUUUAUAUAUAUGAGAAGCAUGUUAUCCUAUAUUAUUAGAAAAAUUAAAUCAUCGGAUAAAACAACUUAAAAAAAAACCUGAUUUUUCUUAUUAGUUCUAUGCAAGGUUCUAAAAAUCGCAAGGCUUGACUUGGCGGCGAGGUCAAAGUUAAGUUAUGCCAAGCCUUGGCGAGCCAUGAUCUUUUUCAAGGCGUGAUUAUUUUAUUUACAUUAAAAGAGAUAAAUCAUAUAAUUAUUGAAUUGUAUCAAAUAUAUGAAGUUUUUAGAAGUGUUAUUUUAAUAUUUAAUAUAAAAAAGUUAACAAAAACUCAAUUAUUUUAGGCCCGACAAAAAAAAAAAAAACCAGAAAAAAAAACAAAAAAAAUCGAAAAAAUCUGUGCCUUCAAAAAAACUUGCGCCAUAACGCGAUAAGGCACGCCUUGACACGUUAUUUGAGCGCCAAGCUUAACAAACCCGCCUUGGACGUUUUCGUAACGGCUACACCACGCUUUGCGCCUUUGCACGCCUUGAGACGUGUUAUGGCGCGCUUUUUAGAACCAUGGUUCUAUGUGUGUGACUCGAUUCAUACCUUAGAUUAAUUUAUGUGGAAGUAAAUGAGUUGAAUUUGUUUAGUUGAUCCUAAUCGCCUUUCUACAAGAACUCCAUCGUAUUGAAAAAAGAUGUUCAAAUUAGAAAUCGAUUUAUUUCCAUAGAAAAAUCAAUACAUUCUUUGAAAUCUACGUAACGAGACGACAACAUAAACACAAAUUUAAUAAUAGUUCAUCAUCAACAUAAUUGUAAGUAAAUGUUGGGGAUGAUUUAUUCAAACGAGGAAAUUAAUAAUAUUUCAUCGUCAUCAGAAUUCUAAGUAAAACUGUAAAAGUUGUGGAUCAAAUAUUCAAAUGAGGAUGCGUAUUCAACACAAAAUCUUCUAGCCUUCUUAUCAAUGAGGAAUGAGUGGGACUAUCGAUUGAGCCUUUCGGCCAAGCUGUACUUUCUUCUUACUAACAAUAGUGGCCGCUGCAGGCGCUGCGCCAGGUGUGAAGGGAAGAAAAGGUGGUACCACAAUAGCGGCUGGCGCAGGUGCUACGCCCGGUGUGUAUGGAAAAAAAGGGACAGGCGUUGCGCCUGGUGUGAAGGGUAGAUAAGGCGACAACCUAGGGGCAGGCGCUGCACCUGGUGUGAAGGGUAAAAAAGGUGGGAACCUAGUGGCUGGCGCAGGCGCUGCGCCUGGUGUGAAGUGUAAAAAAGGUGGCAACCUAGUGGGUGCAGCGCCUGGUGUAAAGUAUAAAAAAGGUGGCAGCCUAGUGACUGGUGCAGGUGCUGCGCUUGGUGUGAGGGGUAAAGAAGGUGUUUGACCGUUUGUUGCCCAACAACAAGUGCUACUGUGACCCGAGCAACAUGGGAUUCCUUCCACCGUCGUUGUUGUCGUCCCCAAAAAUAGAACUACCAAACCAAUCAUAACCACUCCCAUUUGAUGCUUGUUACGACUUCCCAUUAUCCUUUUUGUUGAUUACCUCUCUUGUGGUUAACCUCUUUAUAUUGCAUACACAAUUGUAAAUUAGCCUAUAUAUACACAUGUAACCCGUAACCAACAUUCCUUUUCAAGAUUGUAAAAUACUAUGUUCAUUGGUAUGUUCAUCCA